CGGGACCGGAGUGGGCGGGGCCGGGGCCAGAGGGCGGCCCCGCCCGCGUGCACACCCGGAAGCGCACCGGCGUCCGCGCUCAGAGGCGGGGGAAGCAGCGCCGCCGCCGCCGUCCCUGCAGCCAGCUCCUCAGUCAUGCCGAAGCACGAGUUCUCCGUGGACAUGACCUGUGAAGGCUGCUCUAAUGCAGUCACUCGGGUCCUCAACAAGCUGGGAGGAGUUCAAUUUGACAUUGACCUGCCCAACAAGAAGGUCUGUGUCGACUCUGAGCACAGCGUGGACACUCUGCUGGAGACCCUGGGGAAAACAGGAAAGGCCGUUUCCUACCUCGGCCCCAAGUAGCGAGGGCCUGGGCCCCCAGCCUGCAGGAUGGACCAAAGUGGGCAGGAAGUGUCGAACCUAUGCAAGUAGGGUAGUAAAAUGAAUCUCCACAUACCCAUCACCCAGAUCCAACGAUUAUCAAGUCAUUGCCAUCAUUCAUCCAUGGCCCGCUCUCUCCACCCCCAUAUUCACAGCAAAUUCAGGCAUCAUAUAAUUUCAUCUGCACAUCUGUCAGUAACCAUGUGUAGUAUGAAAAGGCUCCUGGAGAUUCAUAUGCACGGCACUGGGUAAGAAUCACUGAUCAGGUAAGCUUUUACCCCACACACCAGGCAGCAUCUGUCUCUGAGUCUGUUUUAAGAGGCUGCCGAAUGACUGAUUUGAAGCCAGGUUCAGGAACCAGAGAUAGAAUGUUUAUUGGUUCUGAAGUUUCCUUGAUCGUCUGGCUCUCGGCAUCGGCAGAUUUGUUUGCUUGUGAUUUUUUUUUGUUGCCCUCCUGGUAUAAGUUGAAACAGGACAGGGAAGGUGCCCCAGCAGCCCUGGGAGUUCCCCAGUAGAGGGCCUCGGCGGUGAUCGGCUUAGCAAGAUCAAUGGGUUCUGGUCAAGACUGCCAAGAGGCAGUCUUGGUAGAAGCAGCGUGCAGGGCUGGACAUGGGGUUCUAGUCCUGCUCCAGCACCUGGGUUUCCCACCUCACCCCGUACAACUGCCUCUUAGUGAACCUUUACUGCUUUUGUAAUGUCUCCAUGUGCCCAGC